AUGCGGGAGGCCAAGGUGGUGAGCCUCGCGGCCGCCGUGCUCCUGGAGCACAGCGAUGACGUCACCAGGAGAAAUGGCCUGCUCCAGAGACUCGGCGAGGUUUUUCUUUUGUUAUUUUUUUUUUCCAUUUUUUGUCCUGUUAUUGUUUUCUAAAAAGAAAUGCGGCAUUCGAACGUUUUUUGUUCUAGUUUUGUAUAAAUUAGAUCACUUUUGGGAUUCUUUUUCUGUGAAUUGAUUCUUCAACGUCUUUGAAAUGCUUCCAGAAGCUUGUAUUUUAUCAUUAUUCAACAAAAUUAAUAUUAAAAUUAAUUUUUUUCUCAGAAAAGAUCGAAAAUCAAUUUUUUUCACGUAUAAGCUCUUUUUUUCGAGCUGAAUUUUUUUCAAAAAGAAUUUUUUUGAAAGAUCAAAACUUUUCAGGUCCUUGACCUGACUUCUCCGAGACUAUCCACCGUAUUGGACAAAGCCGAGACUUUUGUCAGUUCCAUCUCGAAGUUGAAAAAGCUAAUUUCCAUAUUUUUAGCAAAAAUUCUACCUUCACAUUUGUUCAACAUUGAAUACGACCAAUGAGAACUUGCUUCUACACAUUUUUGAGUUAGUUUCAAGUCAAAAAGUAUUGAUUUCUAGUUUGUUUUGUAUGAAAACGGAAUUUCAUAGUUCUUGUAUAGUCAAUGUUUCGCGACUUGAAAGGCGAGGGAGGCGGGGCAAGAGGCGGGACGCGUAGCGUGUGCGUUCGCGGUUCUUGGCACGUGUUCAAUUCAACCGCCAUCUACUCUUAGAAAAAAACCCGUUUUUUUCGCUUUUUCAUUCCUUUUUUUCAAUUAUUUAUUGAUUAUGUUUAUGUGUGCAUCAAAAAAUAGUAGAAAAAAAUUGAAAAAGAGCGGUUGCCGAGCUUUUUAAAUAGCCGACGACAAUUAAAUUAAACACGUGCCAAGAACCGCGAACGCACACGCUACGCGUCCCGGCCCUUGCCCCGCCUCCUUCGUCUUUCAAGUCGGGAAAAAUUGACUAUAACUUCUUUUGAAGACAUUUAUUGUCCACUUAUGUCCAAAUUUCGCAUAAAGUCUCAUUUUUUUUUGGUUUAUCUUUGAAAUUUUACAGCGAUUCGUCAUGCCGCCAACAUACGCUCAACUCUGGCGAGAACUAUCAAAUGUUCGGUUUUUCAUUAAUUUUUAGAGAAAAAGUCAUUUUAUUCACUAACAGAAUUUAUAUACCACUAAAACUCCUAAAGGGAUCUCUUAAAAUUUACCCCUAUAGAAGGCUCUUUUACUCCUCUACAAUGCUUGUUUUUUCUCUUACCCCUAAAGAUCACUCUGGCGUUUCUAAGUUUGCUUCAUAAGAGAAAAUUAAGUUUUUGCUGAGUAAGAAGAAAAUUAGCGUGAAAAACUACAACCAGUAAAACAGGCGCAUUGACUGAAGAGUGAAUGAUAUUCCGGGCGAAUGACAAAACUUUUGUUUUUCAGUGAACUCGGAAGCACGGCGGCCUUCAAAGUGAAGUUCUCCCUGACCAGGUUCAACGGCGAAAAACGGAGGGCCAUGGUCCGGUCCACGUCUUUUUUGAAACGGUUUUGAAACAUUUUUAAGUUCAUUCUUGAAAUUGAAUUUUCAGGGUAAUGUCUCUGGACAAGCGGCAAAACGAGGGCAUCCCGCUCGACGCGAUACCGCUUGGUUCGCUGCUGAAAAAAGCGAUAUCGCUAAAAGGAAAGACGCACUCCGUCGAGAUGAAAGUGGUGGUGCGUGGGGAGAGUUAGAGAAAAGAUAAAAUAUUGAAAAAAAGGCGAUAUCGCUUAAAGAAAAUAAGCUCUUCGUCGAGAUGAAAAUGGUGGUACGUGGGACUAGUUUCUAAAAGAGGCGAUAUCGCGCAAGAAAAAAUGAUCUUGAUUGAUGAGAAAUAAAAAGUUUGAUUAAUUGACAAUUUUCACAUAAACUGGGAAUUUCUGAAGCUCUAAAAAAGGCUGAAUGUAAGAUCGAAAAUGGAUAAAUCGCGAUAAAAAAAAAAAUCAUUUCACACAUUUUCGAAGAUUUAGAGAGAAGACAAAAGAGACGAGGUUGAAAAAAUCGAUUUCGAUGAUUUUCACGAAUUCACUCGCCUUCUUCAUGAAUGGACAGCUGAACAGAGCCAGGUAAUUAAAAAAAAAAUAGACGACAUUUUUAAAGUGCGAACACUUUUAGAGCUCUCAAUACGAUGGAGAGCUUGACGAGAUAUCUGAGAAACUUUUAAUAGCUAUUUCCAGCUUUUUCGGAAUCCCUUUCAUUGUCUCGGAUGUCGCGUAGGUUUUUUUUUCUUUUGCUCUCAAGACUUAAGUUUAUUUUCCCGUUUUUCUAGCACUUUCAAACUAUUAAAAUAAAGCCAUCUUGAGAGGAAUUCGAAAAAAAAAGAGGAAAAUCAAGAUAUUAAAAAAAAUUUUUUUCAGGGAAAUGUCAACGUUUCUCGUUUGGGACAGUGAGAAAAAGGUGACAAAACUUUAAAAUUCCCAAAUUAAAAAGUUAUAGGAACUUCAAGUAGCUUAAAAAAAUAUUAAUAAUAAGUCAUAUUUUUUCUAAAUAACCCUACAAAAAAAUGAAUAGAAUUUAUAUAUCAUGAUUUUUCAGGUUGAUUUGCAAAGAUAUAAGGAUUUUUCAUGUAAACUUCAAGAUAUAAGGAUUUUUUUAAGACGAUUUUUGAAAAAAACAAAAAAACAAGUACUUUUUUUAACUUGACAUAAAUUUCUAAAAGUCUAUCACCCUGUUGAGAUUUUUCUCAAAGUUCUCACAAAAAAAGCCAACUUUUCAGGCCCUCCAACCGUCGGCAAUCUCGAGAGUCUCUUCAAAAAUGGCUUCUCGGAAUUUCAUGGACUCUGAUGAGAAGCAUUCAUACAUGGUUUCAGAACCUUUCAGAGGCAUGAAAAUUAAGGAACCAAGUUUGUCAUGUUUGUCGGCGUGUUUGAACGACGCGAUCGACGAAAUUCUGGCCGAAUUUGCCGGGGAAUCGCUUUUUCCGCCCCAUGGUCACGAUCUUCUGAAGAGGCUGAACUCGGCUUUGAGGUGAAUAAAAAGAAGGAAGGAAAAUGCGGAUUAUGCGAGCCAUUGGCAAACAAAGGCAAAUUGAUAAAGCGGAAAACAUUUUCAGGGGGUUUUUUUGAAGAUUUAGGUCAGUAUUUUUUUUCGAGAAUGCUUUUCUGAAUCUUUCGAAAGAAUUUUCAAGCAAAAAAUCGAAAGCAAAAGGUUGUAGCUUUGAAUGAGAAAAAACAUGAAAAUAGAAAAAUCGGACUGCGAUGCUUGUUUUUUGAAAGAAAAUUCUUGAAGAGCCGUUUUGUUGCUGCCGAAUUGCGGCGAGCCAUUCCAAAUGCGGCUGUUGGCUCUCAGAGAGCUGCGAGUUAUUUACACGAUCCCUUAUCUGAUGAAAAACGACUAUUUUCCAAUUUAAAAAAACGUGAUUCUUCCAAAAAUCGGUUUUUCCAGAGGAAUCGUCGAAGUUUGCGUGCUCCCUAUGUGGGAUUCUUUCCCAGAAAUGGACCCGUCGCUCGGAAUUAGCCGAAAACUGGAGGAAAUGCUCCGAAAAAGCACGAUCGGAUGGACUCGAGAGCAUCUGAGGGUUGAUGACAAUGUGUGUUUUCUGAAAAAAGUUACAAAAGUACAUGUAAAGACUGAAAAAAUCAACUUUAAACACAAAAACCCACAGUUGUGAAUUCGAAAAAAUGUUUUUCCUGUUUUUGGAAUGACGUCACUUUGAUGGUCUGUUCAGACUUUGAAUGGCAAGUCGUCGCUCAAACUCCGCCUCUAAUUGCGCGACAAACCAAUCAGAGAGCGAGCCGUUCACAGAGUGUUUACUAAUGACUUGAUUGUACUUAAGAUUAAAUAUCUAAACAGACUAUAUCGUCAUUUUGAACAGUCUGAUUUCUCUGCUCUCUCUCUCUCUUGUUUGAUUUUUUCUCUCGUUUCCAUGUUUUUUUCGACCUCACCGGCGAGGGAAAAAAAGAGCGGAUAUGUCAGACAGUUUCAAAUUUUAGAGUUGAAAACUUUUUUUUAGGAGUUCCCAAUACACCUCUAUACGAUGCACCAGCAACUGAGCACCGAAUUCCAUCCUUUUCAACUGUUUUAUCGACAAUUCAACGCAAAUUAUCUCAAAAUCGUUUUCGAGGAGUUUGACAAGCCGGUCAGUUGGAGAAGAUCAACAGAGUUUAGAAUAUUUUUUCGUUGAAGGUUCAUAUGGCAGUUGCAUGAGUGUUUUCUCAUGAUGAUCAUUCUUUCAAGAAGACCAUGUUUUUUUUUUCGACUGAUAUUUCUUUUUGGCGAAAACGUAUUCUUAUUUUACUGGGAAAACUUUAGUGGCCACUCAAGAGGUUUUCCAAGACGGAAGGAUGGGGUGGACACUGAGAUGUCCACUAAGUCGACUACUAUAGAGGCCACUAAAAAUUCGGAUCCCUAAAGUGGCCGCUAAAAAUUUUCCGAGUCAAGAGUCCCAGCAUGUCCAAUAGCAAAAUUGGAUCAGUAGUUUUUUGGUUUUUCGUCCGUAACUUUGUGAAAAAACAAUCCGUUUCACCUGAAACUUUACUUAUUAAAGUCAAAUGAUGCCAUUGGUCAUUUGAAAUAAUGAUUGGACCAAUCCCAAGAAGAAAAGAAUUAAAAAGAAAAUUUUUUUGAAGACUGAUCAAAAUCGCAAAAAAAUAAUUUUAACAAAUACAAGCCCAACAAAGCCAGUAAUUCGGUAUAAAUGAUGUCCAAUUGGAAUUUCAGGUCAAAACAUCAGUUUUAAACAAUGUUUUGAACCAAAAACCAAAACGAAAACACUCACCCAUUUUUACUACUGUACAUGAGAUGCCAUAUCUCGAAAAACUGGAACGAAAAUCAGAGAAUUCGAAUUACCUAGUAGUGUGAAGAAGAGAGGCGAGUCUCGUCUUGAAUGCCAAAAUCUAUUCUCUUUAUUUGAAUGACUCAGCGCGUAGCGGCUGCGAAGCGGUUGAUAUAUCCGACCGAAAAGCUCAAAAUUGGGCGGGGUUGAUGGCCUCGAUAAUGCAUUUUUCAAUGUAUGAAUCCAAUACUAAAAGUCCUUUCAUCUGAAUCGUCCGCACUUUCCAGCUCGCCGACGUCACCCAGGCCUACCUCAAAGCGGAACUGACGACUUUAGACUCUCGUGACGAACAAAUCCUCGAAUCCUUCGCAAAAAGGACCAUGAAACUGUUCGACGUUCUCCGCUCCUUCAGCACCUUUGCCGUCGCAUCCGGCGUCUCGGAAGACGUCAACGACGACAAAUUGCUCCUCCAUUCCUUCGAGAACUGGUUCCUCGAAGUCACCGUCUUCUGGACGUACUCCUGGCGGCAGAUCACGUCGAAGAUGGUCGAGAGGACCAUUUCCUUGGACGAUGACGGGGAGGCGACCAAAUAUGAUCAACGACGGCCUCUCCCGGCUGGCCUCUACUCGUUUUUGUGCAUUCAGAAGGGUGAGAAGCGAAAGUUCAAAGAAUUUUGGAAGGGAUUGAGUUUUCAGGCCUCUCCGACGACUACAAUCGGCUCAGCUUCGCCAACGCUCAGAACUUGCUCAUGGGCGCCGUCGCCUUGGUUCAUGUAAGCUUUUUAUGACGUCAUUCGUAGAAUUUAUGACGGCUUUUGAUUGCAAAUGACUACAAAAAAUUUCUGUUGAUGCAAAGUAGUUAGUUUCCUCGUAAUGAUGACGUCAUAGAAGGCAAAACAGUCGAUGCGUCAAUUAUGACGUCAUUUAGUAUCAAAGUGGAUUUCAGCUUCUCAAAAAAAUCCUAGGAACAAGAGCAAGAACUUUUCAUGAUAUAUUUCUUUCUAAAGUUUAUUGGAAUUAGUUUCCUGAAGAUUUUUUUUUCUCAACUUCCAUAGAAUAAGGUGGCGUUUUUCAUCGUUUAGAGUGUCCUAAAGGAUUUAGUUUCAAAUAAUGACAUCAUUUCGAACGAUGUUUCAAAUAAUGAUUUCAUUCAUUUAUUUCUGAAGACGUCAGACGCUCAGAGAGAGAGAGAGAGAGAGAAAUUGCUUCAAAUAGUCAUGUUUUUCGAACUCAUGUUAUUGAAUUCUAUAAAUCUUGACGUCACAGAUUGUGCAGCUUUAAAAAAUGACGUCAUUCUUGGGGGGCUUUUCAGUUGUUUCAACUGGGCUUUAAGAAUAAAAUUUCUCAUUUAUUUGAGUUUUUCGAACUUUUACAAGGUUCUUAUUGAGGCUCAAAUUGUUCAAUAUAUUAAUUUUUUUAGUGAUCUAUUUUUUUUCAUUGCUUGAUUAGAUAGCAGAAUUGAACGAAAAAUGAAGCUUUUUUCGUGCUACUAUUGGGAUAAUGUUUAAGAUAAUGUGCGAGAACAACUUCGCCUACGCGAAGAAGUUGUUCAGCGAGGCGGUCAGUGUCAGUGAUGAGGUUUUUUUCGGGUAUAUUAACAUUUUUUUCAUAUAAGGAAUCUCGUUUAAUACGCGCAACCAACGGAAUAGAACAAGCCGUCUGUUUCGUCGAAGAGCGAUGGAGCAGAUUUGCUCAAUUCGAUCGAUUAAAAAAACGGUAGAACUCAAGAAAAAUUUAUAUACAAAUUCCCUAUAUGAAUCAAUAAGUUAAGAUCGUCACCGCAGAAGAAGCCGAGCACUUGGAGAACACGGCUCGGCACGUUUUAGUCGCUUCCCGAACAGUUAGGGGUCACUUGAGUGGUCAUAAAAGUGGUCACUUUUUUGCAGAGGUGCGAGGAGCUCAUGUCGCACCUGAUACAGCGGCUUUUCAAGGCCCGACACGAGGAAAUUCAUAAAAUUUGCAAGAGCCUGACCUUGGACAGUCAUGAGUACUCUAGAACGUUGGUGGGUUUUGAGCACCGACCUCAUUAUCGUGCCUGACUUGCAUUUUCAAAACUUCCACAUUUUUUGAAUUUUUGGUGGCAUUCAAAAUGUUAGAGAAAACAUUUUUAUAAUAGUAAAAAAUCAGGAACCGCAGAGUGGUCCCUAUAGGGACAAGGUUGGAGACCCUUGAAGUCCCUUGAAUCCCCUCUACGGACUACUUUAUCUAUCCCUUUUAAGGGCCACUAAACCUUGCAAAAGUGGCCCCUUCAUGGGAAGUCAUAACGAAAAACUUUACGCCUCCUUUGGAAGCCACUUGAAUUUUAUCCCUACAGAGACCGCUUUUUUGACCACUCAGGCGUUCCUAUGAACGGAUUUCGGUGAUUUCGAUGUGUUCUUUUGAAGGGAUUUUGAAGCUUUUUAUUAAACUUAAAAGGUAACAAUGUGACGUCACAAGUAAAGUUUUGUACUUUCCAUUGAUUGGUCAUUCUACAUUGCUUCCAAAUCUAUUGCCUUUGAAAUGAGAAAAAAUGUGAUUUAAUCAUAGGAGAGCAUGUAGGCCACGCCCAAUUUACCGCGCCGCUUUUUCAUUUUUCAAAGAAUUUUUCUUUCUAGAGUUCCUACAUGCGAGAAGUCACGCCGAUCGAACGGAUGAACGCGAUUUUGGCCUCGGCCGACGCUUUUGUUGACGUCAUCCGCUGUGAAUUCCUUCCAAAGUGACGUCAUUCUUCAUGAAGUGAUCACCUGAGAUUUUCAGUUGUUUCCGACAGGCGACAAAAGUACUCGGGACUUAUUUCGAAGAGGAAAUUCGGCGACUUCUCAGAGACGCUCAGCCCCCAGAUUAUUAUUCUAAUGUUUAUGUAAGUUUUCUUUUUCGAUGGAGCGCAUUUGUUGAAUACCUUUUCUUAUUAUAUUUUUUUCUUUACGUUUGAUUAUUUUUUUAUUAUGGCCUUUAAAAAGGAGUUAUAAACUUGGAAAUGCACAAAAAUUAUGUAUUUUUUUCCUUGAUAAAUGAAUGAGAAAUGAAAAAAACCUUCUCUAUAGAGCAACUUUGCGCGGAAGUCCAAAUGGGGCCUUACAUGGGAGGUCAUUUUAGCGUAGGGUUCAGAAUUUUUUCUCAAUUUGCUCAAACAAUCUUUGAUGGACUGGUAAUCGAUCCCACAUAGUCGCUAUCUGCGCAAACUUUUCGUUUUGGAGAUAUGACUUUUCAAAGUUUUUAUUCUUAACCAUUUGACGCCGUUUGGAAGGCCACCAACCACUGCAUAACAGCUAGGAGCGUGGUGCAGUGGCUAGCGUGUUAGCCUGCGGAGCCUAUAAUUAGGGGGCGCAAAGCCCCGCCCCUUCAUGCCACCAAAAUGACGAUUUUUUUGUUGCAGAAACGGUUUUGAGGCGUUUAUACUAGCUAAAGGCCCACUUUAAAAAGGAACUGUUUCUGUUAAUCUAUGUAAUCGACAACGCUCUACAAGACUGAAUAUUUUUUUAAAAACUAUGUAUUUUUUUCAAAAAAAUAAGCGAAAAAAAGUAAGAUUUAACACGAAAAAAACUGACAAGUUUCACAAAAAUCGUCGCGUUUCAGAAAAACCAAGUUAGGAACGCUUCUAAAUUUUUGAGCAUGUUAUAUAUUAACACUUUCUUUAUUUUUUUCGAGUAAAAAAAUUUUUAAAAAAAUCUAACGACGCGAAAAAAAUAUUAAAAGCUUGUAAAGUGACACCAAACUUUGAAGCUGAAAUGCGAAAAAAAUUUCAGCGACAUGGUAUACUUUUUUAUUUGAUUUAAAAAAACUCAAAAUGUGUUCAAAAAAAUAAAAAAAUUCAGAAUGAAAUUAAUUAUUGGGACGGCGAAUUAAAUUAUAUUUGAAUUUUUCCAAAACCUCCUUUUUUUCGCCUGCCUCGUUGACGCAUGAGAGAAUAGGAUCGCGUCUAUAUUUUUGAUUAUGUUAUUAAGCGUUCAAAACUCUAUCAAUGAAAAAAUUAUGAAAAAAAUCUAACGACGCGAAAAAAAUAACGGCUUUGAAAACCUCGAAAAAAUGGCAAUUUUUUUUGAAAUUUUGGAAGAAUUCGUGCAAGCGUUCGUAGCUGUGUUUGCGUCAAACACACCGAUGCGCCCUUUUAAAUGUUGCAGGAGCCGUUUUUCGGAGUCAAAUUGCACUUUUUCCUGUUUUAUUUCGAAAUAACAUCAUUUUUCAUUUUUUCUUUCUUCCAAAUCGAAUGAUAAUAAUUUUUCUGAUUAGCAAAAAGAAAAAUAAGUUGAAAAUUCCUUCUGACCUUUUUUCUAAGUAGUUUUUUGAUAUUUUAUCAAAAAUUCUUAUGAGGAUUGUACAAAAGAUUCAUACCAAAACAUGAGGCUCAGUUCGGACAACCUCUCAGAACAGAAAACCGAUUUAAAAACGGUCCAGAAACGUGCAAAAACAUUUAAAAAGAAAGCGUGCGGCAGCGGGUAAACCGUGAGAUUUUGCCUCCAGUUGUACGCCGCGCGCGCUAGUUUUCUGGCCAUAACUUUUUUCUUAGUGGACCUUUUUUCAAAAACUAAACGGAUUAUGAAAAUGGAUAGUCUCCUCUAUCGAACAGUGUGAAAAACAUAUUUUUUGGAUCGUUUUGAAGAAAUGGCUUGCGGACCCUACCUAUAAUGAAGGUUCGAAUUCUUUGCCGCUAACUUCUUUUUGCCAUUAUUUUUUUCAAGAAAUCUGAUGAGAAUAUUGCAAUUUUAUAAGUAAAGCCUUUCCAAAUAAAUUCGAUCACCAUUUUCUUUGUAAUAUCGCUUUUUUUCAUGGACAAAAAAAUUAUGGAAAUUUUUCUGAAGUUGUGGCAGACUUCAUAUAAUCAGAGAACUAUUCCCAAAUAUUUUUUUGCUGAAAAUCUUUAUGGAUUCAUGAAAAUCUGAAAAAAACCCUCCGGAGUAGGAUAAGAAUUGUGUUUGGAAAUUUUUUUCCAAUUAAACUCUAACGGGUAAGUUUUUCAUAUUCUGUAAUGAUAUUUCUGCGGAAAUAAGGCUAAAAAUUGGCUAUUGACAUAUUGAAAGCCACUAUUAUAUAUUAUAACCACGACAUGCGAAGAUCUUUGAUGAAGGUUCAGAGCUUUUUUUGAGAUACUUUCUACUAAUUUUCAAGAAUUCUUUUAAAAAAAACAAUCGCAAAAGAAAGUUAGCGGCAAAAAGGAUUCGAACCUUCAUCAUAGGCUCCGCAGGCUAACACGCUAGUCACUGCACCGCGCUCCUAGCUGCCAUGCAGGGGUUGGUGGCGCGGCCACAUUCCUUCCAAAAGGCGUCACAUGGUUAAGGAUAAAAACUUUGAAAAAUCAUAUCUCCAAAACGAAAAGUAGCGACUAUGUGGGAUCGAUUACCAGUCCAUCAAAGAUUUGAGCAAAUUUAUAAAAAAUUCUGAACCCUACGCUAAAAUGACCUCCCAUGUUAGGGAGGCCUCAAGAAAAAAAGGCCCGUCCGGCCCUUAAAGCUCAAAUUUUCUCCCAGUUGAACAUCAAGCUUUUUUUUUUAGGAGAAAAGGGGUAUUUUUGCUUUUUUUUUUCACUUUUUUUCAAAGUUAGAAAAUAUAAAUUUUGAAAUUUAUCGUUUGAAUUGCAGUGAAAAGGACUAAAGAACGUAUAAAUAUCUCAGACAUCUUAUUUUACUGGACAUGUAAUUAAAGUAUCCAAAAAAGCAAAAAAAAUAUUUUUAGGUAACCGUCAAGUUCCUCUACGAUUUACUCGGAAUCGAGAGUUCCUCUGUGAAUCUCCUCUCGGCGCUCCACCAGAAAAGUUUCUCGACCCUCGAACUUCUCCUCGCCUACUAUGCGUCUCUCUGCGACAAGGUCUCUCACUGCCCCUGUUCCUCCUGCGGCGGCUAUUUCUCGCCGUUCGCCUGCCUUGACCAUCGCAUGGGGGUAUAGCUCAGUGGCAGAGCAUUCGACUGCAGAUCGAGAGGUCCCCGGUUCAACUCCGGGUGCCCCCUACUUCUUUUUGCCGUUUUUUCGUUUCAUCUAAAAGUCGACUAUGCUUAUUAGAAGAAUAGUUCAAAGGGUUUUGGGGGUAUUAUAGGAUGACUUAGGGCGUUUAUCGACCUUUUUCAACUUUAAAGUAGAAAAAAUUAAUAUUUUAUUAAAAUAAAUGACUGAAAUUUUUUCUUGUUUAUUGAAGUUUUCCUCGGGUAAUAGGUUCACUAUGCACUGUUAUUCCCAUUUUGAGAUUUUUUGAUUAUUUCAGAAGUGUUUGAAAAAGGUUAUGAACACUUUUGAGAACUUCGGACGGUUUUAAAUUUCUAUUUUUUUUUAAAUUUGAUAAAGAAGGUUGCCAUCAAUAGUCGCAAUCUCUCAAGCUGGUUCCGAAUUUUAAGAAAAAUAAGUUUUUAUUCAAAGAGUUUUCUCAAUUUGUAGGUGGAACAAACGACGGGAGACGAUUUUCCGACCGUUGAUGUCCAGUUGAGCUUCGUCAAAGCGACUUCGGACCAAGUUUUGAUCCUGAUAAACGGUGAGGGUUCAAAGGAAUCGAAAAACAACAAUUAUGUAAUUUAAUUAUUUUCAUUCAUGAAAGACUUGUCAAGCAUAUGAUGUUAAUGGAAGAACCUAUUACCUUUAUCCAUAUAGUUUGUGUUCAGACUUAGAAUGUCUAGUCGUCGCUCAAACUCCGCCCCUAAUGGUGCGAUAAACCAAUCAGAGAGUGAGACUUCCACCGAGUGUUUUAAAAUGACUCAAUUUCCCUUGAUAGUAAAAGUCUGAGCAAAAUAUAUGAAAACUUUACAAGCAUUACCUUUUUUCUUCAGCACCAAGUUCGACCUUUUUAGAUCUGCCUGAGUAUUUAAGUCAGCAGUCAGGAAGAGGUCCUUUUUCAGUGCUCAAGCUCUCGCCCCUCCAGUGGCUGGAUCCACUGAGCGACCGCGUCGACAUCUUCGUCAAACUCGAACUUCUGCCCAAGGCCUUGUUUCCCGACAAACAUUUCGCCAUCCAGACCACCAAACCGGUGCCGCAAUCCACCAAACCUGCCUGGAGACAGCAUUUCGAAAUGUUCGUACAACUAGUUUUUCCUGAAAGGCGAUGGGUGGAAGCUUUUUUACGGUCGCGAUGCGGUUUUUGGCGGAAAAGGAGAAUUCAUCGUAAAAUUUGAAAAUUGCAGUUUUUUUUUAAAUCAAACUCCAAUAUCGUUAAUUGAAAAUUGUCUAAGUACGGAAUACACAUAGUCGAGGAGUCGAAUAGUCGAACAAAAAUAUUUAAAAAUAAAAGGUAUUGGUCUGGUACUGUUUUAGCAAUAAAAAAAAAAUGUUCUUCAAUGGAGUUCGUGUUGACUUUAUUUAAAAAGACUUGGAAGGAGGUUUUGUGGCCUUCGAGCAUGGCUUACCCAUCUUUGUCAUGAACAACGAAAAAAUGAAAAACUUUGGAAACUAUCAAAAGAAGAGCUCAAAAAUAAAAUAAACAACUCGCGUUCAAUUUCGAAUUUCCCUCCAAAAGUCGCAUGGCAACCGCAACGAGGUGAUCACCUUUCGAUCUUCAAAAUUAAUAAGGAUUGGCUGUGAUUCUUGUUUUAAAAAACAUUCGAAACAGAUGAUUUUUUUUGUUGCAAACCAAUUGAAAGUCUAUUCUCGAGAAAUAAAAAAGUCGGAAAGGAAUAUUUUUAGGCUGGUACCGACGCAGAGCUUUUAUACGCACGGCGCGACUUUUGGCAUCACCGUCAUGGACCAUGACAGGUACGUGAAUCGCCUUCUUUUUUCCACAGGAUUCGGAUUUUGAUUGGUUCUUCGUGGACUUCAGGAACAUUCAACUUUACCUUUUAUUGAAAAUAAAAUCUAGACUCGAAGUUUUUCCAGUUUUUCUGACUUUCUCGCGCGCGUGUUGCUUUUUAGAUCCACCCUUGCUACCCUGCCUUAAAAGCUUUCCAGCCAAAAAGGCUCUUUUUUAUUAUUUUUUUCUACAUUUUUCGGAUGAAUUUUCCAGAAAUUUUUUUUUAUUGAAUCUCGUUAACUCAAUCUAAAGGUUUCAUUCAUUUGUUUCAUUGUGCUUUAGUUUCUGAAAAAUCGUUGGCGUUCUUUAACAUUGGCUAUUCGCAAUUUUCUCAUGUCCUACACGAUUCUGAAACACAGCUUGGACUUCCAGAAGAUUUAUUUAGGCUUUUGUGAGGCUUUUUGUGAGGACUUUACUGUCUAGUCUCCUCUCAGAUGGCUUUCUGAACUCGAAAUUCCUUAUUUCUGUUUCUAAGUGUCGUCCCAACGCUAUCUAUAGCAUAUCCGAGCAGUACCGUUUCCUGACUGCAGGUUAUGCGACCGGAUCUUGGGUCGAACCUUCGUGCCACUGCACAAGAUCCCGGUUUCAUGUCCCUCCCUACCGACGCCGAACCUCGUCCCCAUCCGACGUCUUCCGCUUCUCUCCCAUCUCGGCAACACCAACUCCGCGUACUAUCAAGUUGGAGCCUUAUUUCGGAUUGGACCAGUAUUUGAUGUGUUCAGUUGCUGAAAGAACGGGCGAGGGUCGAUUCGACGGCGCGUGGGUUCAUCUCCAGAGAGGGGAAGCACGCUCAGUUGCGAAUGUUACCGGCCAUCAUCCAUCGGAGGAUCACCUCGGCUCCUUAA